GGCACUCUGCUACCCCCAACUUCUUCUGCUUCUGUUUCUGCGUCUGUUUGGUUGGUCACUCUCUCACUACUCCUUCUCCCAUUUCAUACGUUCUAAUUAUAUCCAAAAUCCAAACAGACCACAGCCUCCUCCUCCUGCUGCUUCUGAGGUUGCCGCCACUCACCAAUGCUGCCUCACAAGCACACUCUCGUGGUUGUGGCGGCCACGCUGGCGCUUCUGCUCGCGGCAGCAGAUGCAGAUCUGGCCGCCGAGCGAGCCGCAUUGCUCGCUCUCCGCUCCGCCGUCGGCGGCAGAACCCUCUUCUGGAACGCCACCAGGGACAGCCCCUGCAACUGGGCCGGUGUCCAAUGCGAGCGCGACCACGUCGUCGAGCUCCACCUCCCCGGCGUCGCUCUCUCCGGCCAAAUCCCUGUCGGAAUAUUCGGCAAUCUCACACAGCUGCGCACCCUAAGUCUCCGCUUCAACGCGUUGCGAGGUUCUCUGCCUUCAGAUCUGGCGGCGUGCGUGAACCUGCGGAACCUGUACAUUCAGCGGAACCUGCUGAGCGGCGCUAUCCCCUCCUUUUUGUUCGAGUUACCGGACUUGGUUCGGUUGAACAUGGGCUUCAACAACUUCUCAGGCCCAUUUCCGACCGGCUUCAACAGCCUGACCCGGUUGAAGACUCUGUUUGUGGAAAACAACCAGCUCUCGGGCCCAAUCCCCGACUUGAGCAAACUGAGCCUGGAUCAGUUCAACGUCUCCAACAACCUCCUCAACGGCUCUGUCCCCGUCAAGCUUCAGACAUUCCCUCAAGAUUCCUUUCUUGGCAACUCCCUCUGCGGCCGCCCACUCUCUCUCUGCCCCGGAGAUAUCGCCGAUCCUAUCUCCGUCGACAACAACCCCAAGCCCAACAGCCACACCAAGCACAAGUUAUCUGCCGGCGCCAUUGCGGGGAUUGUUGUCGGAUCGGUCGUGUUUCUUCUGCUGCUCGUCUUCCUCUUCAUCUUCCUGUGCCGGAGCAAGUCUGCUAAGAAGACCAGCGCCGUCGACAUUGCUACUGUCAAACAUCCUGAGGCCGACGCUCCGGUUCUUGCGGAGAAGGGGAUUCCGGAUGUCGAGAACGGCGGUCAUGCCAACGGCAAUUCUGCGGCGGCUGUGGCUGCGGUUGCGGCGGGGAACAAGGCGGAAGCGAACGGUGCUGGGGCAGCGAAGAAGUUGGUGUUUUUCGGGAAUGCGGCUAGGGCGUUUGAUUUGGAGGAUUUGCUCAGGGCUUCGGCGGAGGUUUUGGGGAAAGGGACUUUCGGGACAGCGUACAAGGCGGUGCUGGAGGCAGGGCCGGUUGUGGCGGUGAAGAGGUUGAAGGAUGUGACGAUUUCUGAGAAGGAGUUCAAGGAGAAGAUUGAAGCUGUGGGAGCAAUGGAUCACGAGAGUUUGGUUCCUCUCAGAGCUUUCUAUUUCAGUAGGGAUGAGAAGCUCCUUGUCUAUGAUUACAUGCCCAUGGGAAGCUUGUCUGCACUUUUACAUGGAAACAAAGGGGCGGGUAGGACGCCACUGAAUUGGGAAGUGAGAUCAGGCAUUGCGCUUGGAGCCGCCCGUGGCAUUGAGUACCUGCAUUCACGAGGGCCUAAUGUUUCUCAUGGGAAUAUAAAAUCAUCCAACAUCCUCUUAACCAAAUCAUAUGAUGCCAGAGUGUCUGACUUUGGCCUUGCACACCUCGUUGGCCCCUCCUCUACCCCCAACCGGGUCGCCGGCUACCGUGCACCUGAGGUGACUGAUCCUCGCAGGGUAUCUCAGAAGGCAGACGUGUACAGUUUUGGUGUUUUACUCUUGGAACUUCUGACUGGGAAGGCACCUACUCAUGCUCUCCUCAAUGAGGAAGGAGUAGACCUUCCCAGAUGGGUUCAAUCUGUGGUAAGAGAAGAGUGGACUUCUGAGGUCUUUGAUCUUGAGCUCCUUAGGUAUCAGAACGUGGAAGAGGAGAUGGUUCAGUUGUUGCAACUUGCAGUUGAUUGUGCUGCACAAUACCCUGACAAACGCCCUUCAAUGUCUGAAGUGGUAAGGAGCAUAGAAGAGUUGCGUAGGUCUAGCCUUAAAGAGGACCAGGAUCAAAUCCAACAUGAUUCCGUCAAUGAUAUAGAAUUGUAGAAGAUGGUAUCUUCUGCCCAAGUUUCCUCUCGACUUUGCCUUGUCACAGUCGGAGCCCAUAUUUUACCUGCUAAAUCCUGUGCGUAAGUUUGGUUUUAUUCUGUGUAGCUUGGGCCUCAAAUUUCUUUGGCACCAAACUUUCGAAUUUCUUCUCUUUUUUUUUUCUCCUCAAAUCUCCAUUCUGCCGCUCCUCCUUUUUCUUCUCAAUUAAUACAUUGGGGGGAGUGGAUAUCUGUUCCAUUAGUUAUUGCUGUUGGAUUCUGGUUGAUUGUAAUUAUUACUUUUGCUUUAAACAUGGCUUUUACGUUUGUUGAAUCCUUGUGUCUGUUGAAAACUUGUAA